UUUUUUUGGUCCAAACGAAACAAAAACUCAUUCUCAGCAAACUUUAUUGCCAGUACAGCACUCGAUCCUUUAUCUCCCACUCUCUCUCCUCUUCCGUCCUUCAAUUUGGAGUCUAGUAGCUACUAGUAGUAUUUGACCAUGAUGAUGCUCCGUUCGUUGACCGUGUGUUCAUUGCUGACGGCAGUGUCUGGAUAUGUGCACAACGAUCCUCCUCGCGACAAGACCCGUCCUCAUAAUGCCGGCGAUGGCGCUCAAGGUGCUCAGCAAAGAACCCAAGGUCAAACCAAUCAAGAUCCGCAACGUCCUCAACAACAACAACGUCCACAAUCCGCUGCCACUACGGCGGGUAGUGCCGUGAAUGCGAACAAGCAAAUGCCUCCUUUUCCUCACUUCCGCUUUAUUUCAUGGGACAAGAUGAGUGAAAAUGUGCGUCACCACGCCCACAAGGUGGGAUAUCAGGAAAAGAAUUGGAACAAGCCUGGAGCCCACAAUCUGGAACGCCUCUCGUUUGACGACAUUCACGCCAAUCACAUUCAAGUUUACGAUGAACUCAUGGCCAUGGGCUUUGAAGCUGGAUCGCAGUGGGAUUGUUACAUCAAUCACUACCGUGCCCUCGAUUGGGCAAACCUAGGAGCACAUCAACAGGAUUAUCAAGUACUCGGUUGGACACAGGCAUUGUGGGAUGAUGGCGAGGAAGAAGCCGAAACGGAAGGUGGCUACUGGACUGACAUGACGCCACAACAGCAAAUUGCCGCUUCCAAUCUAUGCUAUACACAGGAAAUGUGGGAUGACGUCGUUUUGCCUCUCUGGGGACAAGAUGAUGGAAAAGGAGGAGAAACCGAUCAAGACGAAAACAAUAACAGCAACCACAACUUACCCCAGAAACAAGUAGACCAAAAACAAGACGUAUACGACACCAUCUACGAUGAACAGGACCGCACUCCCGAUACCAUUCCCAUUGGUCCCAACACGGCACACAACAGUCGUGGUGUCGAAACUCCCUUUUUCCGAUACAAUGCAUGGUCCGAUCUUUCCGCCGACGUCAAGAAACUCGCUCAUCAAGCCGACUACAAUGGCAAGACGUGGAAUUCCCUCGAUACCGAAAAAAUGGACUUUGAAACCAUUGGAGAAGAAGAUCCGGAAAUCCAUGUUGCACUUGUUCAAUUGGGAUUCACCGCCAAAGUCUGGGACUGUUACAUGAUCCACUACCGCAGCUACGAAUGGGGCGAACUCAAGGAUGCCGGUGUCCAACAAUACUAUGCGACGUUGGGAUGGACGGAAGAUUCCUGGAAUGACGAAGCGGAUCCUCCUGCCACGGAUGGCGCCUACUGGCCCGAUUUGUCCCAAGAACAACAAGAUGCCGCCUACGAACUCUGUUAUUUUCGCGAAACCUGGGAUGAAGUCAGUAUGCAAUUCUGGCCUCGUACUACGGUCAACAGUCCAGUCGAGUAUGCCAAGGACUAUGCCAAGACGCAUCCUGCCAGUGCCAGUGGUGCCGUGGUAAUUACUAUUACGGUUCUCAUUGGACUCUUGUUUUGCUGUGCCUGUUGCUGCAAAUUCCUCUUCUUUCCAUCCACUCCCCAAGUCACCACUGCCUCCCGAAAGGAUUUGGAAAUGUACCGUUACGAUGAACGUGACAUUCAUGCACAAGUCUAUCGUGAUGAUCCCGCCAUUAUUACCGAUGACAGCAACUCGGCAAAGUUUACCGAUGCUGUGGAGGAUUUUGCCAUCAACAAUAAGGCGUCCAUUGUGUAAAGCAUGAUAGCAGGUGGACUUAACGAUGGAAUGCAUGGAAUGCAUGGCGAGAUUAGCGCUGUAGAAGAACCUCCUUUAUGACGGCCUUUUUAGGUUGGCCGAGAAUUACGUUUUGAAUAAAAGAAAAUGUAUGAAUGUCAAAUUUAAUCAUCACGUCUUUAUGGUACAGUAGUUAUG